AUGCCUAACAGCUCCGUCGCUCAAGAGCUAAGAUCAGCUUUACACCAAUACCCAAAUUUUCCUAGCAAGGGAAUUUUGUUCGAAGAUUUCUUGCCCAUUUUCAGAUCCCCACAGUUGUUUGGAAAGUUGGUGAAGGCUUUCAAAACCCACUUUGAGGAAAAGUUUGCUGGCGUUAAAAUCGACUACAUUGUGGCUCUAGAAGCACGCGGUUUCCUAUUUGGCCCUGCUGUAGCCUUGGAAAUAGGUGCUGGUUUCGUGCCUGUGAGAAAACAAGGCAAGCUUCCAGGCGAGUGCCUCCACGCCACGUACGUCAAAGAAUAUGGCAGUGACGUUUUUGACAUCCAAGUCGAGUCUAUUCCAGAAGGCUCAAAUGUCGUGAUUAUGGAUGACAUCAUCGCGACUGGUGGCUCUGCUUUGGCCGCUGGUGAGUUGAUUGAGAAGCUUGGCGCUAAUUUGCUCGAGUACGCCUUCUUUAUGGAAUUGGACUUUUUGAAGGGUAGAGAAAAGCUUCAAGCGCCAGUGUUCACCCUGCUGACUGGCCAGGAACACGGCCUCCAGUAA